CCUUUGACACUUACCAAAUUCACAUUUCUCUCCAUCUCUCUCCCUCAAAUCUCUCCUCUCUCUCUUAGGACUAUUAGACUACAUUUAUUAGUUAUUUCCUCUUAUCUCUUGCAACAUUUCUGAAACCAAAGCUAAUUAUAGACCACCACCAUCUUCCUCUACUCCUCUCUUGCUAGCUUCUCUAGGCAUGAUCAAAACAAAGAUUCAAAAAGAGCACUGAUGAUCAGAACCAAGAAAAAGACUUUUAAUUUUACUCCUUGUUCCACAUAAUCCUAACCAGAUGUUCCUAGCUGGCUAAACCAUCCCAUCCAUCUUUCAUAUUAUUACUUUUAAGUUAUAAAAUAUGAUAACCUAGCUAGCUCCAUUCUUGAUCCAUCCUAAACAUAACCAAUUCACCGAGUAAUCAGCAAGAGAUGAUGAACAUGAACUCCUCUGGUAGCCAACAAGAAGUGAAUUCCUGUCCAGAUCUUGACACAACCAGCAUGGUCAUGACCACAACCACAAGCACAAACUCAAUAAUGACCUCAGCCUCCUCCUCCUCCGCAUCUUCCCCAACAACCCUAAGCCGAUACGAGAACCAAAAGCGCCGAGACUGGAACACCUUCGGCCAAUACCUCCGCAACCACCGCCCUCCGCUGUCACUAUCCCGGUGCAGCGGCGCUCACGUCCUCGAAUUCCUCCGGUACCUUGACCAGUUUGGGAAAACCAAGGUCCAUAAUCAGCUAUGCCCCUUUUUCGGGCAUCCGAACCCCCCUGGCCCCUGCCCGUGCCCGCUUAGGCAGGCUUGGGGCAGCCUGGAUGCCCUCAUAGGCCGCCUUCGGGCGGCCUAUGAAGAAAAUGGGGGCAAGCCGGAAGCGAACCCUUUCGGGGCAAGAGCGGUUAGGCUUUAUCUACGUGAAGUACGCGAUUCGCAGUCGAAAGCGAGAGGGAUCAGCUAUGAGAAGAAGAAGAGGAAGAGACCAGGUCAGCUUCAACAACAACAAGGUGCACCUCCUGCAUUGCCUCCUCCAAGUUAGACUACUGCAAUUUUCAUCAAUUUGCAUGAUCAACAAUAUUAUUAUCUCUAUUAUAUAUCUUAUAUGUAUCAUGAAUGUUUCUUAUUCCUCUAUAUAUGGAGAUUAAUCUAAAUAUCUUAAUUUCUCUUAUCAA